UGCAGGCGGCUAGGCUAGGGUUGGCGGCCCGCCCGGGGGCCUCCUCCACGCCGCUCGAAGCCGAGGAAGGCUCGACGGGGUCGUCGUUGCCUCCCGCCCCAAACCCGAUUCCCCGCGUCUCCCGCGGGGCUGCCCGACAUCCGCGGGCGUCGGGAGUGCGGCGGACCUGGUCAAGGAGGGACCGCCCCCGCGCCGUGCAGAAGAGCGAAACUCUGGUUGGCUUGCUUUCCAGUCAGACUUUGCUUCUUUCAUUUUAAAAAGUCUCGACCUCCCACCGGCGGGCUCCGUCCCAAGGACUAACCGAGGUUGCGAGUGUUUGGGAAGCAGGCCCGCUUGGCGGCCGCAGUUCGGGCGUCCCACCCACCUCUGCACAGCGCGUCGGGCGCCGCGGCCCGGGCAGCGCGCGGGCAUGAGGAGCAGGAGCAAUUCCGGGGUCCGCUUGGAUGGCUACGCGCGGCUGGUACAGCAGACCAUUCUGUGCUACCAGAAUCCUGUCACGGGGCUGCUGUCGGCCAGUCAUGAGCAGAAGGAUGCUUGGGUACGGGAUAACAUCUAUAGCAUUCUGGCUGUGUGGGGCCUGGGCAUGGCCUACCGCAAGAAUGCCGACCGUGAUGAAGACAAGGCCAAAGCCUACGAGCUGGAGCAGAACGUGGUGAAACUGAUGCGGGGUCUUCUCCAGUGCAUGAUGAGACAGGUGGAUAAAGUAGAGAAGUUCAAGCACACUCAGAGUACCAGAGACAGCUUGCACGCCAAGUACAACACUGCCACCUGCAGCACCGUGGUAGGUGACGACCAGUGGGGCCACCUCCAGGUGGAUGCCACCUCCCUCUUCCUCCUGUUCCUGGCCCAGAUGACUGCCUCUGGUUUACGUAUCAUUUUUACCCUUGAUGAGGUGGCCUUCAUACAGAAUCUUGUUUUUUACAUAGAAGCCGCAUAUAAAGUCGCUGAUUAUGGAAUGUGGGAACGAGGAGACAAGACUAAUCAGGGCAUUCCAGAACUGAAUGCAAGCUCUGUAGGAAUGGCCAAGGCAGCCCUUGAGGCAAUUGAUGAGCUGGACCUCUUUGGAGCCCAUGGAGGACGCAAGUCAGUGAUCCAUGUCCUGCCUGAUGAUGUCGAACACUGUCAGUCUAUUCUGUUCUCCAUGCUGCCAAGAGCAUCAACGUCUAAGGAGAUUGAUGCUGGACUUCUUUCCAUUAUCUCUUUCCCGGCCUUUGCAGUGGAAGAUGUGAACCUCGUGAAUUUGACCAAAAAUGAAAUUAUUUCCAAGCUCCAGGGACGUUAUGGAUGCUGUCGCUUCCUUCGAGAUGGCUAUAAAACCCCAAGAGAGGACCCAAACCGAUUGCAUUAUGAUCCUGCUGAGCUCAAGCUCUUUGAAAACAUUGAAUGCGAAUGGCCUGUGUUCUGGACGUAUUUCAUAAUAGAUGGAGUCUUCACUGGUGACGCCGUUCAGGUCCAAGAAUACCGAGAGGCCCUAGAGGGAAUAGUAAUCAGAGGCAAGAAUGGGAUCCACCUGGUGCCAGAACUGUACGCCAUCCCGCCUAACAAGGUUGAUGAAGAAUAUAAGAACCCCCACACAGUGGACAGAGUUCCUCUGGGGAAGCUGCCUCAUCUGUGGGGCCAGUCCCUAUACAUCCUCAGCUCGCUGUUGGCAGAGGGAUUCCUCGCCACUGGGGAAAUUGACCCCUUAAAUAGAAGAUUUUCCACUUCUGUCAAACCCGAUGUUGUAGUACAAGUUACUGUUCUGGCAGAAAACAACCACAUUAAGGACUUAUUGAGGAAACAUGGGGUAAACGUCCAGAGUAUUGCUGACAUUCAUCCAAUCCGAGUCCAGCCAGGCCGAAUUCUCAGUCACAUAUAUGCCAAGCUUGGACGGAAUAAGAAUAUGAAAUUGAGUGGGCGACCAUAUCGGCACAUUGGAGUCCUUGGAACAUCUAAGCUGUAUGUGAUUAGGAACCAAAUCUUUACUUUCACACCCCAGUUCACGGACCAGCAUCACUUCUACCUGGCCCUGGACAAUGAGAUGAUUGUGGAGAUGCUGAGGAUCGAGCUGGCCUACCUGUGCACCUGCUGGCGGAUGACGGGCAGACCCACGCUCACCUUCCCCAUCACCCACACCAUGCUCACAAAUGAUGGCUCAGACAUUCAUUCUGCAGUUCUUUCUACAAUUAGAAAACUAGAGGAUGGAUAUUUUGGAGGAGCCAGAGUAAAAUUAGGGAGCCUUUCGGAAUUUCUUACCACGUCCUUCUACACGUAUCUGACGUUCCUGGAUCCAGACUGUGAUGAGAAGUUGUUUGAUGAUGCCAGUGAAGGGAGCUUCAGUCCUGAUUCAGAUUUGGGAGGGUAUCUGGAAGACACCUAUAAUCAAGUUACAGAAGGCGAAGAUGAACUCGACCAAUAUAUCAACCACCUCCUACAAAGCACAUCCUUGAAGUGCUAUCUGCCCCCUCUUUGUAAGAAGACAGAAGACAGCCAUGUUUUCAGCGCCAUCCACUCCACUCGGGAUAUACUUUCUGUGAUGGCAAAGGCAAAGGGUUUGGAAAUUCCAUUUGUUCCCAUGACUUUGCCAACUAAAGUUCUGAGUGCUCACCGCAAGUCACUGAAUCUUGUUGAUUCUCCUCAGCCACUCCUAAAAAAGGCCCCUGAUGAGGACUUCCUGUGGCCCAGAGAUGACCAUGGUGAUGUGGACUGUGAGAAGCUGGUAGAGCAACUGAAAGACUGUGCAAACCUACAGGACCAAGCAGACAUUCUGUACAUUCUGUAUGUGAUAAAAGGCCCCAGCUGGGACACAAAUCUCUCCGGACAACACGGGGUCACAGUUCACAGCCUCCUCAGCGAGCUCUACGGGAAAGCUGGCUUGAACCAGGAGUGGGGUUUGAUUCGCUACAUCUCUGGCCUGCUCAGGAAGAAAGUAGAGGUCCUGGCAGAGGCCUGCACAGACCUGCUGUCGCACCAGAAACAGCUCACAGUGGGCCUGCCACCAGAGCCCCGGGAGAAGACCAUCUCUGCGCCCCUGCCCCCGGAGGAGCUCACAAAGCUCAUCUACGAAGCCAGUGGGCAGGACAUCAGCAUCGCCGUCCUCACACAGGAGAUUGUGGUUUACCUGGCCAUGUAUGUCAGGGCGCAGCCCAGCCUCUUCGUGGAGAUGCUCAGACUCCGGAUCGGACUGAUCAUUCAGGUGAUGGCCACGGAGCUAGCACGGAGCCUGAACUGCUCAGGAGAAGAAGCUUCUGAAAGUUUGAUGAAUCUCAGCCCUUUCGACAUGAAAAACCUCCUGCACCAUAUUCUGAGUGGAAAGGAGUUUGGCGUUGAAAGAAGCAUGCGACCUAUCCAUUCCUCUACAUCCAGCCCUGCCAUCUCUAUCCACGAAGUGGGACACACUGGAGUCACCAAAACUGAGAGGAGUGGCAUUAACAGACUGAGGAGCGAGAUGAAACAGAGGUCCAGCACCCCGUCCUCGCCCACGGGCACAUCAUCGUCAGACUCGGGUGGCCACCACAUCGGCUGGGGGGAGCGCCAGGGCCAAUGGCUUCGCAGAAGAAGGCUGGAUGGAGCCAUCAACAGGGUCCCCGUGGGAUUCUACCAGAGGGUGUGGAAGAUCCUUCAGAAGUGCCACGGUCUGUCCAUCGAUGGUUACGUGCUCCCAUCCUCAACGACGAGAGAGAUGACCCCACAGGAAAUCAAGUUUGCCGUCCACGUCGAGGCGGUGCUGAACCGCGUGCCACAGCCCGAGUACCGGCAGCUGCUGGUGGAGGCCAUCAUGGUGCUGACGUUGCUCUCAGACACCGACAUGAACAGCAUCGGAGGCAUCAUCCACGUGGACCAGAUCGUGCAGAUGGCCAACCAGCUGUUUCUGCAGGACCAGAUGUCACUUGGCGCCACAGACACCCUGGAGAAAGACCAAGCCACGGGCAUUUGCCACUUCUUUUAUGACAGUGCUCCAAGUGGGGCUUAUGGGACGAUGACCUACCUAACGAAGGCAGUGGCUUCUCAUUUGCAGGAGCUGCUGCCCAAUUCAGGCUGCCAGAUGCAAUAGGGCCUCAGUGCUCUGAGGCUGUCACUUGCCCCCUAGCCCCAUUGGGAACAUUCUCCUGUUCUCCAAGAUCCCCUGUGUUGAUACAAAAGCAUGUCCCAUCAGAAACCCUGGCAGGGAGGAGGGGGCAGCAGUAGACCUGAAACCAGUGUCUGUCCAAGCCAUAGCACGAGCCGAGGAGUCCUGUGCGCCCCAGGGAGUGCCACGGGAUCGCUGUCUGGGUUCGCUUCGCUGUAACAUUUGCCGCAACAUCUGCUCUUGGAGUCUGAAGAGGAAUUGGAAAUUAGUCUCUUUCGAGUGCAGUGUGAAUGGAGAAGCCAGCUUAAAUUGGCUCUUGCUGAGUGACCGCACUCAGUCUGAUGUGCUAGUGCCACAUCUGAAGAUGGGAAGAUCCUUCCAGCAGCAGGAGUGGACCUUGACAAGGGGGACAUCCUAACGGGAUACAGUCUCUCUGUGGACCAGACUGUUUACCAAAUAGAACAACUCAUUCUGUGGAA